AUGGAGAAUCUCCUCGGCCCAGACCUGGCCUCCAAAAUCGGACCCUGGAUCCUCCCUAAGCCGCUCGAGGCACCGCCGUCGCCCGAGUCCGUCUGCAACAGCGACCGGGCCUCGCCGACGGAGGAGACCAAACGGCGCAGGGCGGGUGGACCGAAGGCGCGUACCGGCUGUGCCACCUGCAAGACUCGCCAUGUAAAAUGCGACGAACGCAAGCCCACAUGUUUCCGUUGUGAGAAGGUCGGAGUCGUCUGCGAGGGCUACGUGGACCGCAUCGACCGCCGGAGGAAACGGACAAACCAAAAUGUGGUCCGCCGGAAUACGCCGCAGCUCAUCGCCCCUCGGUCCGCUUCAGCCGAGGCCGCCGACAUUUGCAGCGGCAACAGCAGCAACAAAUCCGAGAUGAUCUUGUCGCCUCAGAUUCCUAGAUCUCUCUCGAGCCUACCCAAGAUCUAUCACAAGGACGGCGUAUACUACGAUUACUUUCGACAUCAGGUUUCCACCAAUCUGGCAGGACGCGAGACCAAGCACGCCUAG